AUGUAUUCAGCAUUGUGGAAAAAGAAUGGAGAGCAGAUCCGUCCCUCUUUUAUAUCGGUCAAUGCGCAUGUCGUAGAUUUGGCAGCGCAGAUCGUGUUUACCAAGACCUAUAGCAACGUUGGCAACAACUUUAAAGACAAUCUCCAGCAAGAGGCAACAUUCAAGGCACAUCUCAACACGUCGAUUGGUGUGCUGACAGGCUUUGAAAUCAAGCUCGACGGCAAGAUCACGUCGGCCGAGGUCGUCAACCAAGCCGAAGCCAUGAAGCAGUUUGAGAGCAAUCAGAGCAACACCAAUAUCGUCAAGGAGGCCGACUUCAACGAUCCAUUCAUCCAAGAGGACUUUUUCCUCUGUAAACUUAAUAAUCUUGCGCAAUACAACGAGCUCGAGAUCAUCAUCACCUACGUCACCGAGAUGACCAUGCAGGGCGACUACCUCUACCUCGUCUUCCCAACUUCAUUGUCGACCGUCCGUUCAACUCAACAACAACAACAGCUUGAGACUCCUCCAUCCCUCCCAAAUAGCCACAACAAUAGCAAUGGUACCUCCUCGACCGGCGAGUCACAACGCCAGGGUCUGUUGAUCAAGCUCGAUCUCGAGAUGCCAUCGUCUAUACAAGAGGUCAAGUCACCCUCACAUCCAGAGGGUAUCGAGGCACAAUGGAACGAGAGCACCGGCACUGUCAUCUACAAGGACACCCGUCCAGUCGACGUUGUCAACCAAUCGGAUCUCGUCGUCUUGGUCAAGCUCGAAAACCCACACGAGCCAACCGGUUUUGCCGAACGUAACAAGGAUGGCAGUCGUGCCGUCAUGGUCGUCUUUUAUCCAAAAUUAGAGCCAGUCAAGAAGCAACAAGAGAUGGAAUUGAUCUUCCUCGUCGAUUGUUCCGAAUCCAUGGAGGGUUACAAUAUUACACACGCCAAGAAAGGUCUUUUACUCUUCUCUCACUCUCUUCCCAAGGGCACCUACUUUAAUAUCAUUUCAUUUGGAAGCACCCAUCAAAAGCUCUUCCCUCAAUCCCUCCCCUACUGCGAAGAAAACCUUGCUCAAGCAAACACCUUUAUCAAGGGUCUCAAGGCCGACUCUGGCAAUGACACUAACCUCCUUGCCCCUCUCAAGGAUAUCUACGCUACUUCUGCCACCCGUCCUCGUAAAAUCUUCCUUCUUACCGAUGGUGGUGUCAACAACACUGGUCAAAUCGCUGAAUUGGUUAGACAAAAUGCUGACAAUACUUCAGUUUUCCCAAUUGGUAUGGGUGAAUUUGUUUCAAAACAAUUGGUCGACGCAAUUGCAAGUGCAGGUUGUGGUGUCGCAGAAUUGGCAAUUGAAAAUGAAACCAUUGAAAAUAAGGUUAUGAGACAAUUGAAACGUGCUCUUCAACCAGCUUACACCAACAUUAGAAUGGACUGGGGUUCCAUUUCGAGUAAUAAGCAAUCACCACGUGAUUUGAGAACGUUGUUUGAUGGCGAUCGAUUGACGGUCUUUAGCAUUUUAGAACCAAACGAAAGAGUUCCAGACAAUGGUACCGUCAAGCUUAACGCCAACGGUCCAAACGGUCCAGUCUCGUUCCAAGUCAAUAUCAAGGGUAACGAAAUCAAGCGUGGUAACCUCGUACAUUGUUUGGCUGCAUACACCCUCAUUUUGGAUCUCGAACAACAAGCACAAGAAUGCAAUGACGUCGACGAAGCCGAACGUCUCAAGAAACGUAUCAUCGACCUCGGUGUCAAAUACAGUUUGGGUACCAAUUACACUUCUUUUAUCUCCCUUGAAGAUCCAACCAUGCCACCAAGUCCAAGAGUUAUUCAACCAAACAACAACAAACCAACAGUUACACCAACACCAGUUUCAUCAAAUAAUUCAUUUGUUCAAAACAAUCCAGCUUUUAGCGGACUCCUUAACGCUUUGAAUUCCUCAUCUGGAUCGAUCCACCAUUAUCCAGAGCACUCUAGUGCUAUGAUUUCUCUCCGUGGUUCAGCCAGUGGUAUCCCAACUAAUCUCAACUCGAGUUCAUCCUCGCUCAAGACCAAUGUCUCUCCAUCGCGUCCAACUACCACCACCACCAACACCACCGCACCAGCCGUGUCGACCCCACUCAAGUCACUCUCACCAGCCUCUCCUCCAUUCACUCCAACCCAAUCCACCAUGUCAUCGGCAGCUGCUCCAUUUACUCCAGGAGCUUUUGCAAAGUCACAAUUAAAGUUUAGUGCCCCAGAAUUUGUUCCAAAGGGUAUUGCUCCAAGCACCCCAAGUGCCCUCAAGCCAUCUGCUCUAGUUUUCACUCCAACCAAGACCUCAACCACCCCAGCUGUUGUCACCCCAACCAAGGCUGAAGAGCCAAAAAAGGUUGAAGACCCAGUAAAGGUUGAAGUUGUUACCCCAACCAAGGCCGUCGAGGAACCAAAGAAGGAAGAGUCACCAAAGAAGGUCGAAGAACCAAAGGUUGAAGUUGCCGCCGCCACCGCUACUCCAGUCAAGGUUGAAGAGUCACCAAAAAAGGUUGAAGAACCAGUUGCCAAGGUCGAAGUUGCUGCUCCAGUAAAGGUUGAGGUUACUGCUCCAGUUGCCGCUGCUGUUCCAGCCAAGGUUGAAGUUGCUGCUCCAGUCAAGGUUGAGGUUACUGCUCCAGUUGCCAAGCCUGCUCCAGUCGUUGUUGCUGCUGCUGCUGCUGCUCCAGUUGUUGCUGCCGCCGCCGCCAACUCCACCUCUCCACCAGCCAAGAGACAAUACAGCCACGACUAUUUGAUGAGUCUCAAAGAUUUGCCAAGCAACACUGUCAUUCCAGAGAAAUUAAAGCAACAUGCCAACAUUUUGAUGAGAGCAGGUUCAUCAGGUAUCUUUAACAAGGAAAAAGAUCGUCGUGGAAACCGUCAUCACGACAAGAAGAACUCUGAACCACUCCCACCACCAAAGAAGAUCAUCACCAAGGACACUCAAGGAGAGUUUGGAGAGACCUACAAAAAGUUCAAGUUUAACCUCAAUCUCAUCACUAUGGAUACUUAUGCCACCAUCAUUAAGAAUUUCGAAGGUAUCGUCAUCCCCAACGAAGAAGUCCUCGGUAAUAUUGCCAAGAUUCUCUUUGAAAAGGCCAUCAUUGAUCAAAAGUACAGUGCCGUCUUUGCCAUCCUUACCCAUUACCUCGAUAGCAAAUACCCCAAGUUUGAAAACAACAAGACUUUGAAGCGUGACAUUAUUACCAACUGUCAAAAGGAAUUCGAAUUACAUUUAACCGAUACUUAUGAUAGAUCCAAGUUUGAUACUCUCUCAAAGGAAGAUCGUGAUGAAGAAGAAUUUAUCAUCAAAAGAAGAUUCCUUGGAAAUAUUAAAUUUAUUGGUGAAUUAUAUAAACAUUCAGUAUUGGCAGAAUCUAUUGUAUUAAAUUAUUGUGUUGCCAAGUUAUUGGAAAAGGCCAAUACUCAUGUGGAAGACACCAUUGAAGGUAUGGCCAAACUCAUUUCCAACAUUGGUAAGAAGCUCGAUGCCGAUCCAAGCAAGCCAGGUUUGGCUGGUGUUUUCUCUCAAGUUCGUCAAUUGUCAGAGAAUGAAAAGUUGACAUCUAGAGCCCGUUAUCUCUUGUUGGAUCUUUUGGAUCUCCGUGCAGGUCGUUGGGAACCAAAGAACAACACCAUUUCCAAGGUCAACAAGGAAGAAAACGACAAGGAAGAGAGAUUCGUAUCCAAGCAUGGUUCCGGUCGUCGUGACGAUCGUGACAAGGGUGACAGAAGAGACCGUAACGACCGUAACGAUCGUGGUGACAGAAGAGACCGUGACCGUCACGACCGUAAUGAUCGUAAUGAUCGUAACAACCGUGACGACCGUAACGAUCGUAACGACAGAGGUAUUUUCGGAAAGAGCAAGGAUGGUUGGGAAACCGUUGGCAAGAGCUCGCCAAAGGGCAAGCAAACACCAAAGAAGGGAGACCUCUCCAACUCGAGAGACAACAUCUCCAACAGCAAGACCCCACCACGUCCAGCUGCCCCAGCAACACUCAAAAAGAGUGGAGACGAGAGAAGAAAUGUCUUUGCUGCUCUCGACGACGACGACUAUGACAUGCCAUCUUCUCCAAAGAAGCCAACUCCAAAGGAUACCGGCAAGCAACAAGAAUCAAAGGAUACCAAGGGCAAGCCAGCCGAUGCAUCUGCUGCUGCUCAACCAGUAUCUGCAACCAAAUUAGAGGCUGAUGUUUCAAUGACCCUUGACGAAUUUUUGGAACUUGGUGAUCCAGAAGAAGCUUUGGAAUGUAUUAAAGAACUUAAUUAUCCAACUUUAUAUAGUAAAAUUAUUUGUAUUAUUGUAAACAAAUCAUUUGAAAAGAAUAAUACCGAGAAACAAUCAAUUGUUGAAUUAUUUAACCAAAUCAUCACUUCUCAAAUAUAUCCAGCAGAGGCCUUUAAGGAAGGUUUCAAGGAAGUUUUGGCUACAAUUGAAGAUACUGAAAUUGAUUUACCAUUUGCUUCAAAGUUUUUGGCAGAAUUGAUUGGUUUCUGUAUUGAAGCCGAUAUUUUGACAUUAAAUUAUGUUGAAGAAAAUUAUUUGCAUCUUGUAGACAGUGGAAAGGCAGAGGAAAUGUUAAAGGAUACUCUCAUCUCUAUCGUCAAGCACAGUGACAGCGACAGAUUGGUUGACAUUUACGAAAAGACAGCUGAUCUCGACAUUUUGAAGUUGUUCCGUCCAAAGAACAGAACCACUCAAUACUUGCAAGAGUUCUUCCAAGAACACUUCCCAUACUUGUCAUCUGACCGUGUCGCCGUCAGUCAGUCCGAACCAUCACUCAUUGAGCAUCUCCUCGUCCUCCAAAAGGCCGAAGGUAACUUUGAAUUGACCAACAAAUUGGCUGGUGUCCUCAACAUCCCACUCUCUGACAUUGAAAAGGCUGAAAACUCUGACUCGCUGGCACGUACCCACCCCAAUAUCUGGGCUACCGUUCUUGCCUACUCUUUCAUGUCAACCAACUUUACUGAAGAACAAGAUGAUCUAGAGUUGAUCAAUCAAAAGAUUCAAAGCUGGUUGAAUGCCGAACUCGAACUCCCAGACGCUCCAAAACUUUCAUUGGAUGAUCUCGUUAAAAAAGCAAAGAGAUUCAUCAGUGAAUAUUAA